AUGACGACCCAGAAUAAUCAUCCACUGGUAUCGUACCAGCCGCUGAGAUUGGUGUUCCAGCUGUCGUACGCUGCUCUCAUUGUCUUGAGGCUGCCAUACUAUGCCAUAAUCUCUUUCGUCCCUUCCUUGAGGCCGAUUCGAGCAUGGACGGUGAAGCAAACAUUCAUGUCUCGCCUUCUUUACCCAUUCUUGGAUGCCUAUUCUCGCGUGGGAAUGACAGAGACACUCACUUUGGAACCAGGAAAGGAGGGAGACAGGUUUCAAACAGUUCGGGUGCCCUCCUCAAGUCUCUUCAAAGGACCACUGGCGCAUGAGACUAUCAAGCCCCAGGAGGUUGGUGGUACCUGGUUCCCCGGCCCUCCUGGUACGGAUAUAGCAUCGAAGAAUGUUGUGCUCUACUUCCAUGGAGGGGCAUACAUACAAGGCGACGGCAGAACAGUCAAUUGCGGAUCUAUUGCAAAGAGAUUCCUUGAUACUGGGUCCGCAGAUACUGUCUUCUCGCUACAGUACCGCCUAAGUGGAUAUGGCAAUGUCAACCCCUUCCCUGCGGCGCUGCAAGACGCACUGACGAGUUACGUCUUUCUGCUCAAUACAUUGCAAAUACUGUCGAGCCAGAUUAUCGUCGCUGGAGACAGCGCUGGCGGCAACCUUGUCGCGGCCCUCUUGCGGUAUCUUCACGAGUAUGGAUCUGCUAUCAAUACACCUACACCUAAAUGUGCCGUCCUGCUUUCACCCUGGGUUGAACCCUUUUACAAUGAUCCGAGGGAUAACCCGCACCGGAAGACAGACUUCGUCCCAGGCUCAUUUGGUCUUUUCGCUGGAGAGAUCGCUUACACUUAUGCCUCCCCGCUGAUAAAGCUAUCUGUGUUGGCCUUCUACUGGCGACUGUUCCCUACAAGAUUUGUCAAGACGGGUUGCAAAAUCCUCGGAAUUGCAACCAUCCUCUGGUGUAUUGCUAUUACUAUACUGGACUUUGUCCAGUGCAUACCUCUGAAUGCAUUCUGGUUUCUGGAGCUUCAAGUCCUCCCAACAACCAAAUGCCUUGCCGCCACUUUGAGCUUCUUUGGCAACUCAAUAGUCAAUGCCAUUAUUGAUUUCUUCACACUGACACUGCCACUGCAUGAGGUUUAUAAGCUACACGUCUCAACGAAGAAGAAGAUCAUCAUCAGUAGUGUAUUCCUUCUAGGUGGAAUAGCUUUCGCUGCAAGUGUGAUUCGCACCGUCUUUUCUGGAGUGAUGGUACGGGACGGUAUUACAAACUUCACCCUAUAA